GCCUCCUAGUGGGUACCCUUGAUGUCGUAUUGGACUCCAGCGCCCGUGUUGCACCAUACCGAAUCCUGUACCAGACUCCAGACUCUCUUGUCUACUGGACCAUCGCCUGUGGUGGCUCCAGGAAGGAGGUUACUGAGCACUGGGAAUGGCUUGAACAGAAUCUAUUGCAGACACUCUCCAUCUUCGAGAAUGAGAAUGACAUCACCACAUUUGUAAGAGGAAAAAUACAGGGCAUCAUUGCAGAAUACAACAAAAUCAACGAUGUUAAAGAAGAUGAUGACACAGAGAAGUUUAAAGAGGUCAUUGUGAAGUUCCACAGGCUGUUUGGGAUGCCCGAGGAAGAGAAACUUGUCAACUAUUACUCUUGCAGUUACUGGAAGGGGAAGGUCCCCCGGCAGGGCUGGAUGUACCUCAGCAUUAACCACCUGUGCUUUUCCUCCUUCCUGAUGGGGAGGGAAGCCAAGCUGGUGAUCCGGUGGGUGGACAUCACUCAACUGGAGAAGAACGCCACGCUGCUUCUGCCAGACGUGAUCAAAGUGAACACACGAUCCAGUGAGCAUUUCUUCUCCGUGUUCCUCAACAUCAACGAAACAUUCAAGCUGAUGGAACAGCUUGCCAACAUAGCCAUGAGGCAGCUCUUGGACAAUGAAGGAUUUGAACAAGACAGAUCUCUGCCGAAACUCAAGAAGAAAUCUCCCAAAAAAGUGUCUGCUCUUAAACGUGAUCUGGAUGCCAGGGCGAAGAGUGAGCGAUACCGUGCCCUUUUCCGGUUGCCCAAAGAUGAAAAGCUAGAUGGCCACACAGACUGCACCCUCUGGACUCCAUUUAACAAGAUGCACAUUCUGGGUCAGAUGUUUGUCUCCACAAAUUACAUCUGCUUUACCAGCAAGGAGGAGAACCUCUGCAGCCUCAUAAUUCCCCUCCGAGAAGUGACCAUCGUGGAGAAGGCCGACAGCUGCAGCGUGCUCCCCAGCCCCUUGUCCAUCAGCACCAGGAACAGAAUGACCUUCCUGUUUGCCAACUUGAAAGACAGAGACUUCCUGGUGCAGAGGAUCUCAGAUUUCUUGCAGCAAACGACUUCUCGAAUCUACUCAGACAGAGAGUUCUCUGGAAGCUGCAACAGUUCAGAUGAUGAGGUGUACUCUCGGCCCAGCAGCCUCGUUUCCUCCAGUCCCCAGAGAAGCACUAGCUCUGAUGCUGAAGGAGAGCGUCCCUUUAAUUUCAAUGGCAACAGUGUCCCCACAGCCACACAGACCCUCAUGACCAUGUACCGGCGGCGAUCUCCAGAAGAAUUCAACCCGAAAUUGGCCAAAGAGUUUUUGAAAGAGCAAGCCUGGAAGAUUCACUUUGCUGAGUAUGGGCAGGGGAUCUGCAUGUACCGUACCGAGAAGACUCGGGAGCUGGUGCUGAAGGGGAUCCCAGAGAGCAUGCGUGGGGAGCUCUGGCUGCUGCUUUCAGGGGCCAUCAACGAGAAGGCCACACACCCCGGGUACUAUGAGGACCUAGUGGAGAAGUCUAUGGGAAAGUACAAUCUUGCCACCGAGGAGAUUGAGCGAGACUUACACCGCUCCCUUCCUGAACACCCAGCUUUCCAGAACGAAAUGGGCAUCGCAGCUCUGAGGAGAGUUUUAACGGCUUAUGCUUUUCGAAAUCCCAACAUAGGGUACUGCCAGGCCAUGAACAUCGUCACUUCAGUGCUGCUCCUCUAUGCCAAAGAGGAGGAGGCGUUCUGGCUGCUCGUGGCCUUGUGUGAGAGGAUGCUUCCGGACUACUACAACACCAGAGUUGUAGGUGCCCUGGUGGACCAGGGAGUCUUCGAGGAGCUGGCACGAGACUAUGUCCCACAGCUGUAUGACUGCAUGCAGGACUUGGGCGUGAUUUCUACCAUCUCCCUGUCAUGGUUCCUUACACUAUUUCUCAGUGUGAUGCCAUUCGAGAGUGCAGUGGUGGUUGUGGACUGUUUCUUCUAUGAAGGAAUCAAAGUGAUAUUCCAGUUGGCCCUUGCUGUGCUGGAUGCCAAUGUGGAUAAACUGUUAAACUGCAAGGAUGAUGGCGAGGCCAUGACUGUUUUGGGAAGGUACUUAGACAGUGUGACCAACAAAGACAGCACCCUGCCUCCCAUCCCUCAUCUCCACUCCCUGCUCAGUGAUGAUGUGGGACCCUACCCUGCAGUGGACAUCUUCAGACUCAUAGGAACAUCCUACGAGAAAUUCGGAACUAUCCGGGCAGAUUUGAUUGAGCAGAUGAGAUUCAAACAGAGGUUGAAAGUGAUCCAGACCCUGGAGGACACCACCAAACGCAACGUGGUUCGGACCAUUGUGACAGAGACCUCAUUUACCAUUGACGAGCUGGAAGAACUGUAUGCUCUUUUCAAGGCUGAACAUCUAACCAGCUGCUACUGGGGGGGGAGCAGCAAUGCCCUGGACCGGCAUGACCCCAGCCUGCCUUACCUGGAACAGUACCGCAUUGACUUUGAGCAGUUCAAGGGCAUGUUUGUGCUUCUCUUUCCCUGGGCAUGUGGCACUCAUUCUGAUGUGCUGGCUUCCCGCUUGUUCCAGCUGUUAGAUGAGAAUGGGGAUUCCUUAAUUAACUUCCGAGAAUUCGUCUCUGGGCUGAGUGCUGCAUGCCAUGGGGACCUCACAGAGAAACUCAAACUCCUGUACAAAAUGCACGUCUUGCCAGAGCCGUCCUCUGAUCAAGAUGAACCCGACUCUGCCUUUGAAGCCACUCAGUACUUCUUUGAAGACAUCACCCCAGAAUGCACACACGUCGUUGGGUUGGACAGCAGAAGCAAACAGGGUGCAGAAGAUGGCUUUGUCACCGUGAGUCUGAAGCAGGACAAAGGAAAGAGGGCAAAUUCUCAAGAAAACCGUAAUUAUCUGAAACUCUGGACUGCAGAAAAUAAGUCAAAAUCAAAAAAUGCCAAGGAUUUGCCCAAGUUGAAUCAGGGGCAGUUUAUCGAGCUCUGUAAGACUAUGUACAACAUGUUCAGUGAAGACCCCAAUGAGCAGGAACUGUACCACGCCACAGCCGCAGUGACCAGCCUCCUGCUGGAGAUUGGAGAGGUGGGCAAGUUCUUCAUUACUCAGCCUGUCAAGGAGGAUGGGGUUACCGGGCCACCCUGCAGCCAGGCUAUCCCAGGCAUGCUCUUCCCCAAGAAGGGGCCCAGCCAGCCCUACACGGUGGAAUCCACAGAACCACUCCCAACCAGCCUGGCAGUUGACAGUGAGGAGCACUCCCUGGGAGGGCAGAUGGAGGACAUUAAACUGGAGGACUCCUCACCCAGGGACAACGGGGCCUGCUCCUCCAUGCUAAUCUCCGAUGACGAUACCAAGGAUGACAGCUCCAUGUCAUCCUAUUCGGUGCUGAGUGCCGGCUCCCACGAGGAGGACAAAUUGCACUGUGAGGACAUUGGGGAGGACACCGUUCUGGUGCGUAGCAGCCAGGGAACAGCUACCCUGCCCAGGAGCAGCAGCCUGGACCGGGACUGGGCCAUCACCUUCGAGCAGUUCCUAGCCUCUCUCUUGACAGAGCCUGCCCUGGUGAAGUUCUUUGACAAGCCGGUGUGCAUGAUGGCCAGGGUCACCAGUGCAAAGAACAUGCGUAUGAUGGGUAAACCCCUCACGUCGGCCAGUGACUAUGAAAUCUCUGCCCUGUCUGGCUGA